AUGAACAGUAACGUGUUGCGGACAGGACAUAACUGUUGCGGACAGGACGUAACUGUGGCCUUUGAAUCUGAAAAGUAAUUGAAUAUGAGGAGAACAUAAACAAAAAAUCAGCGCCCCGUAGACAUACAAUAACAAAGCACGUUGGAGUGACGAGCACCGUUUUGAUCUGCUGGUUCGCGAGCGCGGGAGAUGGGGGGGGGUUAUAAAAAGGGUGCUGGGCAGAUAUCGUCAUUCUUCCAGGCCAACCGACCUAGUGGACGGUCGGAUCGUCCCAUUCUGCUGGUUUUUUGGGCAGACGGACUUUCCAGACCCGUCGCUGAUAGAUAUCGAUUGGAGACAUUUCUUUUUCGCCGUUCCACUCCCUUUUGCUUUUCGUUCUAUUCGCCGAUUUGCUUCUUCUAUUGCAAAGCAUUUCCAGCGGUAAGAUCAGGCCCGACACUUUUUGGCUUAGCUCGCAGAAGUUAUUUUUCGCUGCCGCACUUUUUAGUUCAUAUUUGGCAGUCUUUCAGCAGAGUGCACUCUAAUUUUCUCUCUCGAUCGUCUCGAUUCUUUUCAGACCCUCGUAUCUGGCUCCAACACGCUCGUCGGCUGCCGCUGAAGAACAACUGGCCAACGAUGGAGAAGGCCGUCUUUAUGGAAAUCGCUGCUCUGCACGAACCGAACGGAUUGUUCCCCAACCCGGAACGAUUGGCACAGUCCCGUCAGGCGUUUGCCAACAUCCACAACAACUGGCCAGGAAGAUGUGACGAAUCACCUUUGCAAGUGAGUUUCAGGCUCAAGCGUUACAGUUCAGUGCUAAGUUAAUGCUGAACCUCCCAAAACAGAUGGCUGUGUUGGAACUCGACCUGAUUAAAUGUGUGUUAAAAGAGGAGAAAAACGGAUCGUUAUCUGGAGAUGACGUUGAAAUUUCAGAAUCAUCGCAGGCAACCAGGAGCUCAACGAAAAUGUGGUGCAGGUUUCCCGCUCAUUUCGCCUGGCGGUGACCAAUCCUUUUCGCUCCGAUUCUCAGCAAAAAAUUGGGUGAUUAGUGAGUUUUCUGUGAACGUAGCACCUUCGAACUAUGUUAUUUUUAGCAAGACUGCCAGUCAACUGCUUCGGGAGAGUAUUCGGCAGGCUCAGCUCAGAAGUGAUAUUGUGUGCCAUCAGCUCGCCAAUUUCGAGCUGCAAACUCUUGAAACGCUGGGAAUGAACGCAUUGCUCGAGUACAAGUUGGACGGUAACCACCUUUGUUGUCUUUCGCUUAAUUUCUCUAAUUUCUUUCAGAAACUGAAGAAAACAGAGAGGAAGAUCCGCGUGUGCCGAGAACAACGCUGAAGCACAUCGACAAGUGAGUUCUUUCGGACCUCGAGACAUCUUGUCCUAGCACUAUUCAACACGAAAUUUUCAGAUACAAGAUUCAAAUGGCCGAAGUGCUGGACGCCGCGCUCUACCAGACGUCCCGCUGGCUCAGAUCGUCGCCAGCCUCUCUCAACUCAGAUUCCUGGACAUUUCGAGCGCGCUCCAGUAUUUUCCAAGGGUUCUACGGCGUGACAAACAUGGAGGAGGAGAUGACCUGCAAGGAGUUCCGCAAAGUCAUGAGAAUCGCGUUUGCCUUCAACAGAAAAGUCACCUUCUUAGCCGCGUCAGUUGAGACCUUUCACGGAAUAACCAGAAAGUAAUAGUUUCAGAAUGGAGCAGAUCGGCUCCGGCUACAAAAACAUCAACCUAGCGAUAGAAGACGAGUUCUCCACCAACCGCCACGGCAGAGCCUGCAUCUGCAUGCAUUCAAGAAAAGUUUCAGGCAAAAGCUAUUGUUUCGAGUUCUACAUUGUUUUUCUUCUCGAGUCACUCUUCCAUCAGAGUUUUUAUUGUUCUCAUUUAGAAUUCUGAGUUCUCGUCGUAAUCUUGCGAGGGGUGGUUCAAACAGCUGUGCGCAGAAUGUGUCAGCCGAUACAUAAGUGCGUCAGUAACCGGGACCCCCCGCCAAUUUCAAACCACAUUGAUCUUACUCAUUUUUUUGAUGUUUACACUAAAAUUCUGCCAUUUUUCUGAAAUUGCUUAUUCAGUUCACGGAACAAUUGGAAAGACCGAUGUGGCAAGGAUUCGUGCUCGCGUUCACCAUGUUCGGAUCGGCUGAUCUUUCGUCCAUCCUGCUCACCUCUCAAACGAUGCAGUAAUGGUCAAACCCAUUCCAAAUUGGAUUUGUUUUGUUCCUGCUCUUCCAGCAACUGGGAGUCUUAGUCUUCAGUGGAGUUGCCGUGAUGGUGCUUUUGUUUCCGAUCAACUUUGUGAUCACGAUGAUCAUUCGCAAGUGGCAGCUCUCGCAGAUGUACUACAAGGAUGAAAGGACAAAGAUGAUGAACUAGGUGCUCGAAGCAAUCAAGGACAUUAAACUGUACGCGUGGGAGCCGCCUAGGAGAAUGUCAUUAAGGAUUUGAGAGUGAAGGAACUGGGGCUGAUCAAGAAGGCCGCAUUCCUUCGCACUUUCUCGGACAUGCUCAACACCGCCUCGCCUUUCCUCGUCGCCCUUUCCACCUUCACGACCUCUAUCUGCAUCUAUCCGAUCAAUGUGCUGACACUGGAGAUUGUGUUUGCAUCUUUGACGCUCUUCAAUCAGUUGUGUUCGCAAAUGUCUCAAGUCGCGGAGUUUAUCACUCAAACCGUGCAAGUUGUGGUUUCCAACAGACGUCUGAAGGAGUUCCUCAAGUCUGAACAGCUCAAAGAGGACGCCAUUGAUCGCAAAGGCCGUGAUAGUGAGUCUAAUGACGGCUGCCGACAGACUGAUUAUUGUUUUUCUGCAGAUAACGACAUCAUUGCCGUUAACGACUCCACGCUGUCCUAG